AUGAGCUUGCAGGCCCCACCCACAUUGCUGGAGCUGGCCAGGCAGAGUCUGCUGAAGAAUGAGGCCUUGGCCGUCUCUGCUCUGGAGGGCCUACCCAAGGAGCUUUUCCCAGCACUGUUCAAGGAGGCUUUUACCAACAGAUGCACUAAGAUUCUGAGGGCGAUGGUGCAGACCUGGCCUUUCCCCUGCCUUCCCUUGGGUGGCCUGAUAAAGAUGAAGGUGCCUUUCCUGGAGACCUUACAAGUUGCCCUGGAUGGAAUUGAUACACUGCUUGGCCAGAAGGUUCACUCCAGGAGGUGCAAACUGCAAGUUCUGGAUUUGUGGAAUUUACAUCAGAACUUCUGGAAUGUAUGGGCUGGAGGUAGGGCAGAAGUUUGCUUUCCACAGACCAAGAGCAAGAAGAAAACACAAGGGAAUUGUUCAAGGACAGGGGCUUGGCAGCCCUUGGAGGUGAUUGUAGACCUGUGCCUCAAGCAAAGAGCCUUGGAUGCCUUCCUGGCCUACCUCUUCCUGUGGGUUGAGGAGAGAAAAGGUUUGUUGCAGCUGGGCUGUAAAAAGUUGAAGAUCUCCGCAGGAGCCAUCCAGAACAUCCAGAAGGUUCUGGAAAUGCUGAACCUGGACUAUAUGCAGGAAGUGGAAAUAUAAUGCCCUAGGAAGUCCGCCACCCUCACCAGCUUUGCUCCUUACCUGGGCCAAAUGAGAAAUCUUCAAAAGUUCCUUCUCUCCACCGUCUCUGUGCCUGCUUCCAUGUCCCCAGAGGAGAAGGAAGAGUUUGUCACCCACUUUACCUCUCAGUUUCUCAACCUGGACUGCCUCCAGGAGCUUUCCCUGGACUCAGGCUCCUUCUUCAAAGGCCACCUGGACCAGCUGCUCAGGUGCCUGAAGGCUCCCUUGGAGACCCUCUCCAUCAGUGACUGCCAGCUUUCAGAAGUACACUUGAAGUCUCUCUCCUGGUGUCCAAGCAUCCAUCAGCUCAAACACCUGAACCCCAGCAGCAUCAUACUAACCGACAUAAGUCCUGAGCCCCUCCGAGUUCUACUGGAGAGAGUUGCAGGCACCUUGAAGACGCUGGACUUGGAGGACUGUAGGAUUGUAGACUCCCAGCUCAGUGCCUUCAUUCCUGCCCUGAGCCUCUGCUCCAAGCUUACCACAUUCAACUACUUAAGGAACCCCAUCUCAGUGGCCACCCUGGAGAGCCUGCUGUGCCACAUUGCCCAACUGAGCUGCUUACGCCUGGAGAUGUAUUCCACCCCUUGGGAGAUUUACAGUGCCCAGGGUGCAUACCACCGCAGGAGACUACAGCAGCUUCGUGAGGAGCUGAGUAGAGUGGUGAAGCCAUUGAAACACGCCAGGACAGUCUGGUUUAGUGUCAUUCCUUGUCCUCCCUCCGGCAACUGGGCUGUCUACGAGCCAGAACCCAAUCAGUGUCAGGGCUGUAACCCUGUCUAGCUGGGGGUGCUAUCUACCAAUUUUUUCCAGCUCUUGACAGCAGAAACCUCAGGUGCAGAUGAAUCAGGAAGAGAAUACAGAACUCACAGUCUCAUGUGAGCAGGGAGGGGGUGGGCUAGGUGGCAGGGACAGCCUCAGAGAGGGAAAUGUUGACCUGAGGACUUGAUGGACCUUUGGGACAUGUGAUCUGCCUAUUAGAAAUAGGAGUUGGAGACUCCUGCUGAAGAAGCCUUGAGAAUGUUACCUCCCCUUGGAUGGUGGAAGUGGCUAGUGUGUGUCCUUAUCUCUCAAGCUAUUGGGUGAGUGGAAUCUACCAUGGCCACUGGGGUAGACUUGGUGUCUUGGGUAGCUUCGAGUAGGGGCACAGAGCCACCUCCAACUCCAGCUGUGAACCCCUAGCGGCUUUUCCACCAUGGGCCCCACCCAUAUGGGGAGAGCACAGCUAUGCCCAGAGGGAAGAGUGGAUGCUGGACAACCUCUUCACCGAGCAGAUUGAGAAAAGCUGCUGGAUGGGGGCACCAAGUGGCGAGGACCACUGCAAACAAAGUGUGGGGGGGAUGGGGUUAAAUUUUACCUGGGCAGCAACCAUGCACCUUGCUGGAAAAUCAGAAACGCAGCCUCACGGUACAUUUAAGGAACGAUCUGGGCUAAUGCUAAGGUGCCUAGGCCAUAGCUAACCACCAGGAACAGUCAUUAUGACGUGUGUUGCAUUCACAGCAGAUGGAGACGCUUGAGUUAACUGACUGGACCUAUUUUACUAUGGAAGCUGUUAUUAUUACUAUUAUUAUUAUUACCAUUAUUACUAGCAUCAUCAUUAUUGCUAACAGCACUGGGGAUAAAACUUGGGCCGCUGUGGAUGUUGGGCAGAUGCUCUGCCACUGAGCUAGGAUCUCGGCUCAACCAUGAAAAUGUAAAAGCUGUACUUGUUUCUGUAUAUGUUGGACUUUGGGGAAUUUUCAUUGUUAA